GUGAUACGAGAUGUAACGCACGACAAGCCUGGACAAGCCGGCGUGCGAGCGGUGCGAGCAACACGUUAAUUGGGCGAGAGUUACGGCAAACGUACUAUAAACCUUCUCCGUACCCCUCACUGCGUCUCAUCGUCAAUCCAGAUCUUCGGUUGGACUCGGCUCGGCGCGGCAGAGCCGGCUGCUGCCGUCGCCGUCUCGUGCUCGCUGGCGGUCGUUCUGGACACGAGAAGGCGCUCCGGUCGCAUGGCCGCCCCUCAGUACUCGCGAGCCUCGCUCGGUGUGUGUUUCGUGGUGUGCUUGUCGUCGCUGUGACUGUCGUUCCCAGUUCUCCUCGGCCGCCUGUCCCGCAUGUCGGCCUGUUCUCAGCGACGCUCGUCGACGUAAUUAAUUCCGUUCGCGAAAUCCGUCCUGCCUGAAUGCGACGGCUGUCUCGUCGCGAUCCUUCCGCCGUCGCGGACAAUAAUCUCUCGUUCUCUCUCUCUCUCACACUCACUCCUCUUUCUCUUUCACUCUCGCGCGGAUAGGAGGAGGAAGAGGUGGCGGUGGCGGCGGCGGCGACGGCGACGGCGUCCGUUGAAUUCGUGUUGCUCGAGCGGCGCGUAUCCGUGUGUCAGUGUGCGUGAACAGUGCGUGGUGUGUACAGCAGUAGCAUCAUCGGUGCCGACGACGAGAAAGAUCGCUGGGGAUCGCCAUCACUCCGGUUACGGACGUUUCCUUUCCAUCCGCGUGGACUCCUCGCGGCGGCGGCGGCGUCGGCGACGGCGGCGGUGACGGUAGCGGGGAAUUUUUCACAUUCGGAGUUCGGAGUACUACGCGCGCCGCUCCCCCGUGUGUUUACGAUCGUUGCGUCCUCUCUAUCGCUGUCUCGCUCUCCUCUCACCUGCGCUCCUCGCUCGCCUGGCGCGCGGACAGGUGUCGCGUGGAAGCCGAACGUAGGAGAGAGAGCCGACGCCUGGUUCCGAUCUCUGUGAUAUUAAACGUCGGAUGGCUCCCCGCCGGUAGCCACGACGGCUCUUCCUCGAAAUCCUGCCGAGAUAAAACGAGCCCUCCACUGCCCGUGUCGUCGUCGUCGUCGUCGUCGUCGUCGUCAUCGUCGUCAUCGUCUAUCGUUGCCGACGACUGCCAAAGAGGAUGCGCAUCCUCUCCUCCAGUCAUCAACGUCGUCAGUCACUCUCACGGUUCUCCGUGCGAGUUAUUUUCCAUGGUACGUGCCAAUCGUGUGUGAAAUUCCUUUGUAAAUAGCCAACGAUUCUCCAUGAAGCCAGUUUCGAUUUAAACGACUUUUCGUACGUCCGCCUCUCUCUCUCUCUCUCUCUCUACUCUGGAUCCUGUGCCAUAAUCUCGAUAAGAAUAAAGUCGCUUUUCGCACCAAGAAUAGAAAUCUCUUUGUCUGGAAGAAGACGGUGGAAGAAGAUAAUUGACUCGACGUCUGUAAUCAAGGCUGGCCGAGCUGGCGAUAACGAGUGCGUCAUUCGUUCGAUAUAUAUAAUAAUAACAACAACCACGCGGUUAAACGAAGCUCGAGAGAGAUCACGCUCCAACUCAACGCACAAGUUUACAAGUGGAGGCUGAAAGAUCUCUCGGAAUAAAUAUUGUAUCUCUUUGUCGCGCUCCGCGCGGAGAGCGCGAUAUUCAGAUGAGCGCAUGCUCGGGAAUAAUCGAUAAUUCUCGAUCGAUCGGGUGAUCUCGAGGUUCGUUAUCUCGAGGAUCAUUCAUCGUCGUCACGGGGGAUCGCGCGAGGAGAAGAGCUUGAGCCACGUGGGAGCCGCGCGAAUCUCAUCGUCGGAGCCGUGGAGCCGCGAACGAGAAGUGGUGAACGACGACGACGCGAGCCGCCGAUCCCACGAGCAGGUGGACACCGGGAUGCGCGCCGCGUUGACAGGGACCACCCGGUAGCUCCGUUGCCGGCAUUCGUAGCGAUCCUUAGCCCGUGGUGCCGAAAGAGACGGGGUCGGUGCAAGGAUCGGGCCCCAAACGCGAUGUCCAUACGCGUGAGCGGCGUCUACCUGGUGCCCACCAGCCCGGGCAACGACAACGGCGGCAAUGACAAGACCGGCGUGGACGGCAGUUUGCAUCAUCAUCAGCAGCAGCAGCAGCACCAUCAUCAUCAUCAUCACCAUCACUCGACGACGAAAACGGUGACGAUCGUGACGGCGCCGCAGCGCAGUAAUAGUUUGGAUUACCUGAACUUCGAGGAGAAGCGACAGAUCAUCGCGUCGUCUCUGUCUCUGAGUGACUUUUUGGCGCAUGGACCGGCGGCAGCUGCGGCUGCCGCCAAGGAGGUGGCGGCGAACACGGUGAUCGCGAAAAAGCAAAAUGGUGCUGCUCUACGAACAAACAGUUUGGGUUCGGGUGCGAGAACGCCGCCCUUGGAAAGAAAAAGUAAAUUUUCUGCCCUCGGUAGACUCUUCAAACCUUGGAAAUGGAAGCGGAAAAAGAAAUCGGAUAAAUUCGAGGCUGCUUCUCUGUCGCUCGAGAGAAAAAUCUCAGUACGUGCCAGCAGAGAUGAAUUGGUGCAGAAAGGGAUAUUGCUGCCCGUGAUACGAUCAACAUCGUUUCCGGAAAAUGAAACGAUAAGCGAGUCGGCGACGGACGCGCAAAAACCACCGUCACCGCAGCAAGCGCCUCAGCAACAGCAGCAACAACAACCGUCGCAGCAACAACCUCCUGGAGGUACCAUGAUUGGUGGUACCGGGGGUGGCGACGGCACCCCCGCGGCAACACCCACGUCCGCCGGUAACGUGCAGCAAUCCCAGCAAGCGGUACCCUCGGCCACACCGACCCCGACGACUGCCAACCCCCAUUCUACUGCAGGAGCCCCUAGCAGCAAUCAACCAUCGCCCCAUCCCUCGCCUCUCUACCCCGUACUACCGCAGCAGGCCGGCCAGCCCAACGGCAGCACGCAAGAGCCGAAGAAGGAAAAGACUGAACAGAACGCAAAUGGCGCGAUAUCGCCGAGCGGCGGCGACGGCGGCGGCGGCGGCGGCGAGCCGCAGCCCGCCAAUUUGGGCUCGGCCACGACCGUCUUGGCGAUGCCGGUCCCGGGCCCGGCUCCGGAUGCCGGGGACCAGCAAAAGCCAAACAGGCCGAACACCCUCGACGCCAGGGUGGUAGCCAGGAGGCUGAUCUUGUUCGACAUGGACAAGGGGGUGCUGGAUCAGAGCGCCGACAAUCAGCAGGUAAUCGAGAGGUGUUACCCGUUACCACCUCAGAAUACCCUGAUGCUGUCGGAGCUCCCAGAGCCGCCGAUACCGUUGAGCGAAAUCGGCCCUAUACCACCCCCGCCCAUGUUCAGCUCUCCGAGUCCUACUUUGUUAGCGAGACAACGGCAAAUACCGCUCUCGGACUGCGAGGACGAGGAUGAGGAGGAUGGCGACGUGGAUGAAGAGGACGACAAUAUGUACCUCUUCAGGAUGUCGCAGCCUGAUCCAGCGAUCGAUACGUCUCGUGUCGAGGAGAUACCAGCGAAGGAGCCGAAAUUCCAUGCCGUGCCGCUGAAGAGCGUCCUGAAGAAACGGGGCUCCGGAAGCGGACCUGGCACGCCUCAAAACACUCCGACACAGGAGAACAGGCCGCUGACGCUUCGCCAGGAGCUCCAUGCCUCGUUCAACAGUCGACCGGUCAGAUUUGGCCUCGCUCUACCCUGUACUCUGGAAAACAAGGAGAACGCGAGGCCUUACGUCAUCCGAGAAGAUGCGGACGGCGACUCCGGCGACGGACAAGUCCUCUACAGGGAUGAUUACGACGAUGAGAAAAAUUCGAUACUUUCUGUCUCGACAGGCCGUUUGGCUGCCAAGAUCGCGCGCAAGGAAUCACUUUCGCUAAAGCUCGCCCUUAGGCCAGACAGACAGGAGCUCAUCAACAGGAACAUCCUUCAGCUGCAGACAGACAAUGAGAGGCAGGAGACGAAAGAGGCCAUCGGCGCCAAGCUUAUCAGGCGGCUGAGCAUGCGGCCGACCCAGGAGGAACUUGAAGAGAGGAAUAUUUUGAAAAAGCAAAGCCCCGCCGAGGAAAAGAAGCAAAAGGAGGAGAAAAAACGUUAUCUGCUUCGAAAGCUGAGUUUCCGACCGACCGUUGAAGAGCUCAAGGAGAAAAAGAUUAUUAGGUUCAACGACUAUAUCGAGGUAACGCAGGCUCACGAUUACGACAGAAGAGCCGAUAAGCCUUGGACGCGGUUAACUCCGAAGGACAAGGCUGCUAUUAGGAAGGAGUUGAACGAGUUCAAGAGUUCGGAGAUGGCCGUUCACGAGGACAGCCGACACCUCACCAGGUUCCAUAGGCCAUGACAAUUGCAAUGUGUUGAGGUGCUACAGUGUGGUGCGGGUAUACGUGAAGGUGCAGUGUGGUGGCUUCGUGUUGAGGCUGGGUGAAGAAGAAAGAAAGAGAAAAUCGGCUAUCAUUAUUUCCGGAUCUAAAGCCGGAACGCGCGAUACUCGUCCGAUCGUGACGGUGAUUUCUUUGACGUUGCUGCGUCGUGUCGUUCGUCGUUGUCGCCAAGCAUCAUCUACUGGCACUUCUUCCAUCAUCGUCAUUUAUACACGUCAACGACAAACGCCACUAUGACGUCGACGAAGAUUGUGAUAGGGUGACUCGCCGCCCCAUCGAAGAGGACUUGGCGGGUCGCUCGCCGAUUUCUUUUCACAAGGGUCGUUCACACCCGUGCUUAGCCGAGCAAUUGUUUACGCUCUUUCCGACAUCUACUCAACUGUUCUUCAUCUUUGUAUCUUCGACGCUGAUCUCGUUGUAGUAUACGCGUCAAAGCGUUUGUAUUCUCAAGAUGUCUUGAAAUAUUCUUAAAACUUUGCGCGAAAAAUUCUCAAGUAGGUACGCUGCGCGCAAGUAUCUCCUUCUGCAUUAAUACGAUCAUCAUUGAAGCUUACAAAACUAUAGAUCUACCUUCGGGUUCAGCUCUCGAAAGCUUUGCCGUUGUGAAAAUCAAAACGUUGUAUAGUAGAUAAGACUUUUUUAUCGAGACGCUCAUGUGUGUCCGGCACGUUUAAGCUGAAUAAGAUCGAAAGUCAUUUUUAAUUAUAUAUAUCCUGUCUAAUUCAUAACUGACAUUUCUUGUUAUGAAUUUUUUAAAUUAUUUUUCUUCGUUGUACAAUAUAUUUAAGAAUUGAGGGACACACAUUUGUCACGAAUGGUAUUUUAGCGAUAAAGAGAUUACGGUGGAAGCGCAUACCGAUGCAUGAGAAUGUACAGAUUCGCGUGAAAAUUAAUCGUGCUUAAAAUUAAGCGUGAGCGUAAUUCUAUGGACAUUACGAGCGCGCGUGUGAACAUACCCUUAAACAUGUAAACACCAUUUUGCAAUCAAGCUAGCUCAUCAGUGUCACCUGGCAUCGUUGUAUAUGUAAAUGUUUCUCAAGUUUCGAGCUAUUGUAAUGCAGAGAUAUGUGAUAUAUCUCGUUGAUAUCACGAAGAGAAAAAAGAAUACUCGAACCCUGUAACGAUUAUUCGAGGAUCAAACGGGAGGUACAUCACAUUACAAGCGAUAUAUCUCGUAAAUAACGUCGAGUAAAGUGAGUUCGGUUUAGUUAAAAAAAAUGUUUUAGUAUUAAUAUUUUUAUACGUUGACGAAUGAACAGCAGAGAGUUUCCGCAAAAUCAUUUUUCGAUAUACCCCUCAUUUUUAAUGAUUAAGAUUCGGCUGACGUCCGAAAUUGUGAUUUACGAUAAUUCCAUGUUCUCACGAUUUCCGCGUGAUCCGCGUAGAGAAUAUUCAUUGCUUGGGACUUCACUAAUACUAUUGCGUGCAUAGUUCGUUAAGCUCUUCGUAUACACCGCGCGAGGAAUGAAAACAGUCAUUUAGUAUCUACGACAAUCGGUCAACUGUUCGAUCGACAAAACUGUUUUCCUUUACUGCCAGGUAUCACUCUCUCGUAGAGCUGCCUUGAGGAGCAAGCGCUUACGAUUAUUAUCUAAAAAAAAAAAUUAAUAUAAUUGGACGUACACUUCGCAUUCGUGGGAAAUCAGAAAUGCAUUGUGCAAUUAAACUUUGUACAGGAGUAGGUAGCGUGUACAUUAGUGACUAUUAUUAUCAUCAUUGUUAUAUCGAUAAUAUCGCUAUAGGGACGCUCUAUGGUCCUCGUUAAUUUCGAUCGCGUGCGCACUUUUCGCGGCAAUAUUAACAAAUUCAUUAAGAGCAGAUGCGAAGAUCGGUUGUUGUUCCGUAUUCAUUGAGUGCGAAUAAAUUCACAAUGAAAUCUCGUUAAAAAAAAAAAAAGAAUACACAAUUAAACGCAUUUA